AUGGCUCUGGAAACCUGCUUUCAGGUGAGCACCGUUGCCCAUUCCACCACCGCCGCCGCCGCCGCCAGGAACUGCAUCGCGCACCCCCACAAGCUCAGCCUGCCGGCGAGCAGAGCCCGGAGGAGCGCCGCCUUCUCUCUCUCCCCGUCGCUACGGAUUUCCGGCUACCGAUCGACUGUCCUCGCGCCUCGGAGAGGCCGCGGUGGCCGCGUCGUCUGCCAAUCUAACAACGCGGUCGCUGAAGGUGAGUGAGCCUCUCCUGUUCUUAAUCCGGUGGUUGUUUGCGGAUUCGAUCUGAUUUUGGAGACGCACCGGAUCGUCGAUCCAGUUCUGGAAGUGACGGAGGGGACCUGGGACGACCUCGUCAUCAACAACAAUAAGCUCGUACUGGUCGACUUCUGGGCGCCGUGGUGCGGCCCCUGCCGGAUGAUCGAACCAGUGAUCAGCGAGCUCGCCAAGGAGUAUGCGGGGCAGAUCGUCUGCGUGAAGCUCAACACCGACGUCUGCCCGAACCUGGCGAACCAGUUCGGCAUCCGGAGCAUUCCGACGGUGCUUCUCUUCAAGGGCGGGGAGAGGAAGGAGAGCGUCAUCGGCGCUGUGCCGAAGCUCACCCUCUCUGCCGCCAUCGAUAAGUAUCUGCUGAUGUGA